AUGACUACCCCCGUUCAGGAAUUCCAAACUCAACGCUUCGCCAAAUGGUGGAAAGAUCUUGGUCUUUGCAAGCUACUAGCAUGGCAGGCGACUAUCCUUAUAUCACAGAUGACCACUGGUUAUGAUGAAAGCGUGGUCGGAAGUUUCCAGUCCAUGAAGCCCUGGGUUAAAGGUCCAUCGCUCAUUUGUGCAAUUUUCGAGACCGAAGCUGACUAUACCACUCUCUCACCAGAUAUGGGAUACCCCGAUUCGUCUAGAGUUGGACUCAUAACAUCUAUUGUCUUCGUUGGGGGCAUGUUUGUCGGAUCAACCCUGACGUUUGUGGGAACUAUAAUCCAGACAGCUGCACAAAAUGUUGGUAUGUUUAUUGGUGGUCGCUUUUUGAUUGGCUUUGGGAUUAGCUUCACAUGUGUUGCUGGCCCCUCGCUGCUCUUCGAACUGGCUUAUCCGGCAAUGCGUGGCACAAUCUCUUCUUUGUUCAAUGUACUUUGGUACGUAGGCUCCAUCAUUGCGGCAUGGACGACGUUCGGCACGGGAUACAUGUCUACCAGCUGGUCAUGGCGUAUACCGUCGCUUAUCCAAGGAGUUCCCGCACUGUUUGUCAUGAUGUCUGUUCUUUGUGGUCUACCCGAAAGUCCGCGAUGGCUUUGUUCAAACCAGCGUGUAGAAGAAGCCCAACAACUGCUUGCAAAAUAUCACAGCAACGGCAACUUGCACUCGGCUCUUGUGAUCCAUGAGAUGGAAGAGAUUCGUAUUUUGUUGGAGGCUGAAGCAACCGCCCAAAAGAGUGGUCAAAGUAGCUGGAGCGUUCUCUACCGGUCACCAGCAAACAGGAAACGAAUUGCCCUGGUGGCUACUAUUGCCCUCUUGACCCUCUGGAAUGGCCAGGGUGUAAUCGCAUACUACUUCAGCCCCAUCUUGACCAGCAUUGGUAUCACCUCUACACCUCAGCAAACCAGCAUCAACGGUGGCUUGCAGGUCUGGAACCUGCUCUUCUCCCUAUCAGGAGCUUUACUGGCGGACCGAAUCGGUAGACGAACUCUCUGGAUGAUUUCAUUCAUCGGGAUGAUCCUCGCCAACGUCCCAUUGACUAUAUCAUCGGCCAUGUAUGCUCAGCAUGGAUACAAGGGAGCCUCAUAUGCCGUUGUGAUAUUUCUGUUCCUCUACGAUGCGGCCUUCAAUUUGGCCAGCAAUCCACUUCUUUAUUGCUAUCCGACGGAGCUUCUGCCGUUUGCAAUUCGGGCCAAGGGGUUGAGUGUUCAAGUGGCCGUCUCACAGGCAGCGCUGACUAUCAAUCAAUAUGUGAACCCUAUUGCACUGGAUAGAAUUGGAUUUUACUACUAUAUUUUCUACCUGGGAAUGCUUAUCCUCGGGACUUGUAUUAUAUUUUUCACGUUUCCAGAAACGAAAGGAAAAACCGAAGUUGAGCUUGCAACUCUUUUCGAGGAUCCCAAAUUGGAUCGUGCAGACCCAAUAACGCUUGAAGGGUUGGAAGCAGCACUCGAUCAUGGCCCAAAACCCUGUGAGAAGAGUGCGGUAAUUACUAAGAAUGAGGCGUCGAACUCACUUCUA